CUCUCUCCGGCCGUCAAUGACCGAGCACCGCUGUCGGUGCUGAGCUCUGCGUCCAUUUUUUUCUCUCAUCUCCUUUCUGUGCAUUUAAGAAACCUUAAAGAACACACAAACCUGGAAGAGAGAAGAAAGAAAAGCACGAAGGGAUUCAAAGCACACUGGAUGGGUUUUUUUUGGUCUUAAGCGAUGGGUUAGGACGGAUUUUAACAUGAUGGCACAAUAAACGGGCUCCUUUUGCACAUCUCGUGUGUGUGUGUGUGUGUGUGUGUGUGUGUGUGUGUGUGUGUGUGUGUGUGUGUGUGUGUGAACAUGGCCGCUCCGCUCGCGCACCGGGGCCUGGCCGACAUGCCGGACCUGAGCCACCUCACCGACGAAGAGAGGAGGAUCAUCCUCGACGUCAUGGACCGCCAGAAGAGAGAAGAGGAGAAAGAACAGUCCAUGCUGAAGGUCAAAGAAGAUCCAAAGCCUCAGUCUGCACAGUGGUUCAAAAGUCCCUUUAGUGGGAUCACAGACCUGGUUAAUAACGUUCUCCAGCCCCAGACUAAGUCACAAAAUGAGCCUCAAAAAGAAGCUGCGACGGAGGAGCCAGAAACGAAGCUACACCAGCAGUUCGAGUCUUAUAAGGACCAGGUGAAGAAGAUGGCGGAUGAGGCACAGACCACUCCCCAGCUCAAAAGCGAGGCUCCCAUCUGCGGAAUUUGCCACAAGACCAAGUUUGCUGAUGGCUGUGGUCACCUCUGUUCAUAUUGCCAAACCAAGUUCUGCGCCCGCUGUGGAGGACGAGUGUCUCUCCGCUCCAACAAGGUAAUGUGGGUAUGCAACUUGUGCCGAAAACAACAGGAAAUCCUCACAAAAUCCGGAGCCUGGUUCUACAGCGUACCAGGCUCCACGAUGUCUCCGGGGGUUACCGGGGUCAUGCGCAGGCACCAUGAGGAGGCCCCUCAGGAGAAGAAAGCCAAACUGCACGAAGCUCCUUUAUUAUAUCAGGGCACCACAGUGGAGCGCAGCAGGGCCCCCGGUCUCCUUCGUCAACACUCCCUCGACCCUGAAAGGAAAAGAAGUCCUUCUGCAUCUAGGGAGCCAAAUCCAAACUUCCAAAGGGAGGAGCGUACAUCACACUAUGCCCCAGGACAAGGUGGCAUGCCACGAUCGCCCUCUGACUACGGUCGCCCCUAUGAAGACGCGCAGUCAGCUCGGGCAUCAUACCGUGCCCGCCGUGGUGCCUGGCACUCCCAGGAGGAGGAGCAUCAUCCUCCCGAACCAGGCUUGGUAUCUGAACGUGAUCUCCAUCGCCAGGACGAGUGCCACACACGCUACAGGAGUGACCCAAACCUGGCACGGUACCCAGUGAAGCCGCAGCCAUAUGAGGAGCAGAUGCGCAUGCACGCCGAGAUGUCACGUUUCCGCCACGAGCGGCGCCAUAGUGAUGUCUCUCUGGCCUGCACCGAGGCCGAAGAGCGGCCCGGGGCCUGGCAUUACGGCCAUGUCCACACCCAUGGCCCCUCCUACGGUCACCGGCCCUCCAAUUCCGGUCCACGGGACAAGACGGACAACCUGCUGCGCAACGACUCGCUUAGUUCGGACCAGUCAGAAUCCGUUCGUCCACCACCACCCAGACCUCAUAAAAGCAAGCGGGGAGGUAAAGCAAGGCGGGCUUCACUGAGCAGCUCGGACGAAGAGCUUCCCACUACGCCCGAGUACACCAGCUGUGACGAUGUGGAGAUUGAGAGCGAGUCGGUCAGUGAGAAAGGGGACAGUCAAAGGGGAAAAAGAGAAACUAUUGAGCAGGCACACAUCUUAUCAGAGGGACAAAAGAAAAUGGUUCGCUUUUGGGGCCACUCUUUGGAAGAGGAUGCCGAGUGGGGCGAGCCGCAGGUUAAAGACUCGGGCGUUGACACAUGCAGUAGCACAACGCUAAACGAGGAUCAUAGCCAUAGCGAGAAGCAUCCUGUCACGUGGCAACCGUCCAAAGACGGCGACCGUCUCAUCGGCCGCAUUUUGCUCAACAAGCGGCUGAAGGAUGGAAGCGUUCCCCGUGACUCCGGAGCUCUUCUGGGCCUAAAAGUUGUUGGAGGAAAAAUGACCGAGUCUGGUAGACUUUGUGCGUUCAUCACUAAAGUAAGGAAAGGCAGUUUAGCAGACACUGUUGGACAUCUUCGGCCAGGCGAUCAGGUCUUGGAGUGGAACGGGAGAAACUUACAAGGAGCCACAUUUAAAGAAGUUUACAAUAUCAUAUUUGAAUCCAAGCCAGAGCCUCAGGUGGAACUGGUGGUGUCUCGACCCAUCGGAGACAUCCCCAGGAUACCAGACAGCACACACACACAACUGGAGUCGAGUUCCAGUUCAUUUGAGUCACAGAAGAUGGACCGGCCAUCCAUAUCCAUCACGUCUCCCAUGAGCCCCGGCAUGCUGCGAGACGCACCACAGUACUUAUCCGGACAGCUCUCUGUUAAACUCUGGUACGAUAAAGUGGGCCACCAGCUCAUUGUCACCAUCCUGGGAGCCAAGGACCUGCCGUUGCGUGACGACGGACGACCGAGGAACCCAUACGUCAAAAUCUAUUUCCUCCCAGACAGAAGUGACAAAAGCAAGAGGAGAACUAAAACGGUAAAGAAGUCGUUAGAGCCCAAAUGGAACCAGACAUUCAUGUAUUCGCCAGUUCAUCGGCGUGAGUUUCGCGAGCGCAUGCUGGAGAUUACGCUGUGGGACCAGGCGCGAGUGCGCGAGGAGGAGAGCGAAUUCCUCGGAGAGAUUCUGAUCGAGCUGGAGACUGCGCUGAUGGACGACGAGCCGCACUGGUACAAGCUGCAAAUGCAUGACGUCUCUUCCAUGCCUCUUCCUAAGAGUUCGCCCUACCUUCAGAGGAGAACGAUGCACGGAGACAGUCCCACUCGCAGACUACAGACUCACGGCUCGUAUUCAUACAAUUCAGGAUCUCACCGGAUCAGUGACAGCGAGAUCUCUGAUUAUGACGGUGAGGAUGGAGUGGGAGUCAUUUCAGACUACAGGCAAAAUGGGCGGGAUCUCCAAAGCUCCACCCUCUCUGUACCCGAGCAGGUCCUGUCAUCCAAUCACUGCUCACGGUCGGCGGACAUUAACCGAGCACGCUCACGAUCACCCAGCGUUCCCCCUCCUCAGAGGAAUUACAGCAUGCAGGACAGGCGCGAAAUGGAACGGCCCAUGUACACACGCUCACGUUCCACCGAGCGGCCCCCUGAUGCCCAUCACAUGAGAUCGUCCAUGCCCACGCUGUCAUCCGGACACUCUGCGCCACCCUCGCCUGCCUUAACGAGGGCACACCCCCGCAGUGGAUCAGUCCAAACCAGUCCUACUAGCACGCCCAUGAACAACAGGAGAGGACGACAGCUACCACAACUGCCCUCAAAGGGGACGCUAGACAGAAAUGAAGAGGAGGAACCUGGUGUAAAUCACUUCAUUCCCAAUCAGUCAUCAGUUGACCCAGAAGCAGGUGCUAUGGACAUGGAGGAGAGGACACGGCAGAUGAAGCUGAAGGUGGACAAGUACAAGCAGGGAACAGGUUCUGACUCCCGUCUGGAGCAAGACCACCGCUCAAAGCAUUCCGGCAGGGACGGGAAGCUCGGGAUGGACAAUCUCUCAGCCAAAUCUUCCGACAGUGACAUGAGCGAUGUGUCCGCUGUGUCGAGAAGCAGCAGUGCCUCUCGCUUCAGCAGCGCUAGCUACAUGUCUGUUCAGUCGGAGCGGCCUCGAGGCAACCGCAAGAUCAGCAAAACGAUGCAGGGGCGGAGCCUCUCCCAGGAGGGGGAUGAACUCUCUAGCGAGGUGUUACAUGAGGUGGAGGAGGAGGGAGGGGUGGGGAAUGAUUGUGGGAGCAGUCGAAAGGCAAAGACGUAUAGACUAGAUAGAGAGGCGGAGUCUGUUGAGGAUGCGGCCCAGAGGAGGUUCUCAGACAAUGACCUCAGCGACUUUGCAUCCAAAAUGAAAAACAGGCAAAUGGGCACGACGAGUGGAACCAAUCUGACCAAGAGCACUAGCAUCGGUGGGGAUAUGUGCAGCCUGGAGAAGACCGAUGGCAGCCAAUCGGACACGGCUGUGGGCAUUGUGGGAGGAAACCUCAAAAAACGGCGCUCGAGCAUCGGGGCAAAGAUGGCCGCCGUGGUGGGCAUGUCACGCAAGAGCCGCAGCACCUCACAACUCAGCCAAACAGAAGCAGGAGGAAAGAAGCUGCGCAGCACUGUUCAGAGAAGCACUGAAACAGGCCUGGCUGUGGAGAUGAGGAGCAGGAUGACGCGGCAGGCCAGCCGCGAGUCCACCGACGGCAGUAUGAACAGCUUCAGCUCUGAGGGGAACCUGAUCUUUCCCGGAGUGCGACUCUCAUCAGACAGCCAGUUCAGUGACUUCCUGGAUGGACUAGGCCCCGCCCAGUUAGUAGGUCGACAGACUUUGGCUACACCUCCCAUGGGCGACAUUCAGAUCGGAAUGGUAGAAAAGAAAGGAGCUCUGGAGGUAGAGAUCAUUCGGGCCAGAGGCCUUGUGGGUAAACCAGGAUCUAAGGCACUGCCAGCCCCUUAUGUGAAGGUGUACUUGCUGGAAAACGGGGCAUGCGUAGCCAAAAAGAAAACAAAAGUAGCACGCAAAACCUUGGACCCUCUUUAUCAGCAGCAGCUGUCCUUCGAAGAGAGUCCAGGGGGAAAAGUCUUACAGGUCAUUGUGUGGGGAGAUUAUGGACGAAUGGACCACAAAUCCUUUAUGGGCGCCGUUCAAAUACUUUUAGACGAGCUGGACUUGUCCAACAUGGUGAUUGGCUGGUUUAAGCUCUUCCCCCCAUCCUCCCUGGUGGACCCGACGCUCGCUCCUCUGACUCGAAGAGCAUCACAGACCUCCCUGGACAGCAGCUCUGUGCCGUUCAGCCGCUCGUAGCACAGCGCUAAUGACUAGCGUGGUUGUUGUAGCAUCAUCCAUCAUCCUGAUGGUGGGAGAUUUUGAGAUUUGAGGCCAGUUGCUGCCCCUCCCCAGUAACACACACUGCAUGCUUGGUGUCGUCUUCUGAGCCUGUUUCUUAGGGGUGAAAUCGGUCCUGUGUUUGCUCGCAAAAUAUAAAGAAAUAAACAAAUAAAAGAUGAUAAUACUAAUAAAAGAUAAAUAAACCUAAAGCCUCGCACAUGUUGAGCAUGGAGACCGACCCCUACAAUCGGGGAACAGCCAGAUGAAGGAAAUGGACCUGUUUUUUGUCCUUUUCAAAGCCAUGGGGUUCUACACAAAGCCCAUAUUAUUGCUCAUUUGUUUCUCUUCCAUUACCGUUCAUUGUUCAUUUGUAUGUGAACGGAUGAAGAGCGUUACUCUUAAAUGGGUCAUGCCAUUUAUUCAGACCCAGAGUUUGUCAUAUGGAAAUAAGUUCGUAUUAAACUGUCUGCACUCCCCAGAUAUGCACACGAUCGCAAGCAAGACUGUUUAUAGAAAA